AAGAAUAAUGAAUUACGUAGAAGAAACGGUUGAAAAGUAUGAUGAUAGGGAAUUUAAAGGUCAUUUCCGAUUGUCUAGAAAAACUACCACGGAUUUAAUCGAUUUGUUUAACCAAUCCGAUUUCAAUCCGAAAUAUUCAUCUGGUCGACCAAAUGUUUCUGUCAAGAAAACGGUACUGUUGUCCCUUUGGUACUUGGGAAACAGAAAUUCGUUCAGGGAAGUAUCGGAUAGAUUUGGGGUGACCAUUGGAACUGCACAUGGCUGUCUGACUCGGUUCCUGAACUUUCUCAUGCGCAUCAAAGGUGAGCACAUUGUUUGGCCGAAGGAACAACAACGACUUGAAAUUUCGAGAAUGUUCACCAGAAAUAAUGGAUUUCCUGGUGCUAUUGGAGCCAUUGAUGGAAGCCACAUUGAAAUCCCAAAGCCCGAUAAAAAUCAAGACUCCUAUAUUAACAGAAAAGGUUACCAUAGUCUCUUAUUGUCAGGAGUAGUUGAUCACAAUAAAAAAUUUAUAGACGUUUUCUGUGGAGAACCAGGAUCGUUGCAUGAUGCUCGAUUGUUAAGAAGGUCGGCACUCUAUGCAACGAUCAGUGACAAUCCAGAUUUCAUUGGAGAAUAUUACAUAUUAGGGGAUUCUGCAUACCCUAAUUCGGAUUGGAUAGUAACACCAUACCCGGAUACAGGAUUUCUCAGUGAAAACCAAAAGAUUUUCAAUCAACGACUUUCAUCAAAGAGGGUUGUUGUUGAAAAUGCUUUUGGAUUGCUGAAAGGACGAUUUCGCAGACUUAAAGGACUUGAAAAUUUAACGUUAGAUCUCUGUUCCCAGUUAAUAUUAGGAUGCUGUUUUCUUCACAAUGUAUGUUUGGAUGAGAAACUGAAUUCCUUAGACGAUAUCGAGGAACACGAUGGAAAUCGGCCGCCAAGUACCUCAUUCAGCGGUACUCUUAGGGUUCAACAAAGAUGUACUCGUCAAGAAGAAAUUUUCCGAAGAAUGUUCGCUUCUUGAAGAGUUAUAAAAUAAUACAAAAAUAACAUAUCGUAAUAAAGUUAAUAGAAAAAUAAAUUUUUAUUCAAUAAACUUUAUAUGUAUUUACAAAAGACAACAAUAAUAUAAUAUGAAAAAUAUCACACAUUUCAGACUUAGGUAUUAUA